AUGAGUGGAUCUAGACGAGGUCUUGUAGCACCACAGAAUACAUUUUUGGAUAAAAUAAUCCGAAGAUGUAAUGGCCAAUUUUACAGUUUUGUAUUGGCAAAUGCACGUAUUGUUGAUUAUCCAAUUGUUUAUUGUAAUGAAGGUUUCUCUCGAUUAACUGGUUAUAGUCGUGUAGAAAUUAUGCAAAAAAGUGGAAGUUGUGCAUUUUUCUAUGGUGAACAAACAACAAAAGAUAUGCGUGAACGUUUAUUAAAAGCAUUAGAUACUCAAACACCGGAUCAAAUUGAAAUGUUAUUUUAUAAAAAAAAUCGUUUACCAUUUUGGUUACUUGUAUGUGUUGCACCAGUUCGUAAUGAAUGUGAAGAAGUAGUACUAUUUCUAUUGGCCUUCAGAGAUAUCACAGCGUUGAAAACACCAUUUGAUGAUGAAGAUACUGUUAAAGGUUUAAGUAAAUUUGCUCGAUUAGCACGUUCAGUUACACGAAAUCGUUCAGUUCUGCAACAAUUAUCUGCAUCACAAACAUCAGCACAAAAUUCUGCAUUAACUGUAUAUCGUAGUAAUCGACUAACAGUGUGCAGUGGUGGCGGUGGUGGUGGUGCUGAUAGUACUAGUGGUGCAAUUAAUGAUGAUACAGAAGUAUCAAAUCAAAUGGAACAAUAUAAUUCACCAAGUUUAUCAAAUUUUCAAAAUUUAAACACGAGUUCAAGUUCACGAUUUCAUGAUUCAUCAAAAUCCGAUCCAGAAAAAGCGGUAAUGUCAACUUCAUCAUGGUUGGAUUUAGUUCCACAAUAUAAACAAGAAGCACCAAAAACUCCACCACAUAUUAUAUUACAUUAUGUGGCAUUUAAAACAACAUGGGAUUGGUUAAUAUUAUUUUUAACUGGUUAUACAGCAGUAAUGGUACCAUUUAAUGCAGCAUUUAAAAGUAAAACAAUGGAUGAUGUUAGUUUAUUAGUUGUCGACAGUAUUGUUGAUGUAAUAUUUUUUAUAGAUAUUGUAUUAAAUUUUCAUACAACAUUUGUUGGACCAAAUGGUGAAGUUAUAUCAGAUGCUACUAUUAUACGGAUUAAUUAUUUAAAAGGAUGGUUUAUUGUAGAUGUAUUAUCAUGUUUACCAUAUGAUGUAUUUAAUGCAUUUCAACCGGAAGCAACACAAAGUACAAUUAGUUCCUUAUUUGGUGCAUUAAAAGUUGUACGUUUAUUACGUAUUGGUCGUGUUACACGUAAAUUAGAUCAAUAUUUGGAAUACAUGGCAGCUAGUUUAUUAUUAAUGAUAUCUGGUUUUGUUUUAUUGGCUCAUUGGUUAGCAUGUGUAUGGUAUAGUGUUGGUCAAACUGAUUUAAAAAAUGGUAUUUAUUAUGGUUGGAUACCAAGAUUAUUAAAUGAUAUUGAUCAAGGUAAAACUACUCCAACUAAUUGGACUAGUGGUAAUCCACCACUUCCACGUACAAUGACUUAUGUAACAUCAUUAUACUUUACAUUAUCAUUAAUUACAAGUAUUGGUUUUGGUAAUGUAUCAGCGACAACAUUUGGUGAAAAAUUAGUUGCAGCGGUUUUUAUGCUUAUUGGAGCAUUUGGUUAUGCUACCAUAUUUGGUAAUGUGACAACAAUAUUUCAAGGAAUGUAUGCAACACGUUCUAGAUAUCAUGAUAUGAUGGCAUCUGUGAAAGAUUUCAUUAAAACACAUAGUGUACCAAAAGAUUUAGCUGAACGUGUUAUUGAUUAUGUUACAUCAACAUGGGCUAUUACUAAAGGAAUUGAUACAGCUAAAGUAUUAAACUAUUGUCCAAAAGAUAUGAAAGCUGAUUUAUGUAUACAUUUAAAUCGUAUGGUAUUUAAUGAACAUCCAGCAUUUCGUUUAGCUAGUGAUGGUUGUCUAAGAGCAUUAGCUGUAAAUUUUAAUACAAUACAUACAGCACCAGGAGAUUUAAUAUUUCAUCAAGGUGAAAGUAUAGAUCAAUUAUGUUUUGUUGUUUCUGGUUCAUUAGAAGUUAUUCAAGAUGAUGAAAUAGUUGCAUUUUUAGGACGUGGUGAUGUAUUCGGUGAACCAUUUUGGAAAGAUCCAAAUAGUAUGAGUCAUUCAGCAGCAACAGUUCGUGCUUUAACUUAUUGUGAUUUACAUUGUAUUAAAAAAGAUUGUCUAUUACAAGUAUUAAAAUUUUAUUCUGCAUUUGCAAAUAGUUUCGCUCGAAAUUUAGUAUUAACAUACGAUUUAAAAACACGUCUUAUCUUUCGUAAAUUAGCAGAUGUUCGACGAGAAUAUGAAUUAGCUGAACAUCGUAAAACUGAUAAUGCAUUAUCUAGUUUACGUGCUGAUCAUCCAGUUCGUCGAAUGAUACAUAAAUUUCGUCGUAUAGGUACACAUAAUCAAUCAACUAAUGAUUCACCAAUAGGUAGUAAUAGUGGUCCAGGUUUACAAGAUAAUGAUAUGAUACGGAUUACACGUAAAUCUAUUACAUUAGGUGAUUAUGAUGAUUAUAGUAAAGAUUUUGAAUUUAAUGAAGAUCAUGAAGAUCGACUACGAAUUCAAGGCAAAUUAGAUAGUCCAAGUACAUCUACUAUGAAUAGUACUAACAAUAAUAAUAAUAGUAAUCCUGUCAGUGUAUUAGACGAAAUCGCAUCACGAUGGGGUAAACGUAUAGAACUAAAAAACAAUAACAAUAAAGUAUCUAUUUCAGAUUCAAUUCCUUCUCAUAAGGAGUCCCCUAGUAACACAAUUGCUAAUAAUAAUAAUAAUAAUAAUAUUAAUGAUAAUCAAUAUUCACGUUCAGUUCUACAAUCGAAAUGGGGUAAUUUAUUAAAAACAUCCAUAAUACCUGAAGAACAACUACAACAACAACAAUCUAAAUCAAUAAUUUCGAAUCCAAAUAAAAUCAAUAAUAAUAAUAAUGAUAAUCAUCAUAUUCAAUCGAUUAUUAAUAAUCAAUCGAAAUUAAUGAAUGAUCAUUUUGAAAAUUUACAAUUAAUCAAUAAAUCAAUAUUAGAUUAUUUAAUGAAUAUACAAAAUGAAUUUAAACAAGAAAUGAAUCAUUUAAUAAAACGUAUCAAUGAUAUUGAUAAUCGAAUUGGUCAAAUUGUUUAUAAUAUAGAAUAUAAACAAUAUGAUAAUAAUGAUAAUGAAUUAAAACAAUCUUGGAAAGAUCAUCAUCCUUACCACGAACACCACCAUCCACAUCAUCCUCAUCAACAAGAAGAAGAAGAAGAACAACAACAAUGUCGAGAACAUCAUCAUCACCACCACCAACUUUAUCCUCAUCAACAAGGAGAAGUACAACAAUGUCGAGAACAUCACCACCACCAACUUUAUCCUCAUCAACAAGAAGAAGAACGACAACAACAAGUACAUCAUCAAAAACAUGGUAAAUAUAAUAAUAAUAAUAAUAAUAUAAGUAAAUUGAUUAAAACCGUAUUUACAUCAUCACCAUUAACAUCAUCUGAUUUAUCUACCUCAUUGAAAUCAAAUCGUACUUCCAGUUUAACUAUAUCAAAUAAAAUACAUCCAUUAGCUAAUUCAAUUGAUCAAUCAACAUCAAUAGUAACAACAACGAAAACAAAAAGAAGAAUUCGAGGAAUAAGAACAAAAAGUACCACUUCAAUAAAUCCACAACAAAUCAAUAAUCAAAUUAUAAAAUUAAAUGAUUUAUCAUUCAAUAAAAAAUUUGAUAAAUAUAAUAUACCAAGACAAUGUAUAUCACAAUAUUAUAAACAAUAUUCAAUGGAUAAUGAUAGUCAAUUAGAAUCUAUUUCAACAGAAAGUGAUACAUCAUUAAUGAAUGUACAACAACAACAACAGCAUCAACACCAAUCGUCAUCAUCAUCAUCAUCCAAAAUUAUUUUAGCUAAACCAAUACAAACUACUUAUUUUUCUACUCAUUUAAUGAAUACUAUCACUACAACAACAACAACAACAACAAUAACAACACUGACAACGACAUGUUUAAUGAAUCAAACUAAUCAAUCUUUAAUAAAUUCUAAUUAUUCUUUAUCACCAUUCCUGUCUAAUAGAAAUGAUGAUUUAUAUUGUCAAUCAAUAUUAAAUCAUUUUAAUGAAACACAAUUGAUUAAUCGUAAUCCAUUUAUUUAUUCUAUUGGAAAUAGGACACAAUCAAUGAUUGUAACGGAUAGUUUAAGAAAUCAAUUACCAAGGAAUGUAUUGUAUAGUACUACUAGUAGUAGUAGUUGUAGUACUACUGCUAUUGGAUCAUCAAUGAUGAUAACUGAUACAAAUACCUAUGUGCCUAAUUCUUCUUAUAUAAUGUCUAUGACUACUAGUAACACUACUACUACUACUAAUAAUAAUAAUAAUAAUCGAUUAUCCAUUAUUAAUCGAUGGAAUCCACAAUCAGAUAUAUUGAAUACACGUAUAUUUAUUCCAGAAUUAUCAUCUAUAAUGACUACUGUUAUAACAACAACUACAACGACAACCACAACCACCAUCACCACCACCACCACAAUAACAACAACAUCAAUACCUUAUCCACUUCCAACAACAUCACAACAUAUUCAUUCAUCAUUUAAUCAAAGAUCUCAUAUUAUUCAUACUAAUCAAUUGAAUAAAUCUAGGGAUUUCAAUGUAACUAAACAAUAGAAAUCAAGAUAUGUCUACUUUAUUUUAUAUCCAUAUUGUUUUCUUCUUUAUUUUAUUUUUCUUUUUUGUUUUUUCCCCUCCUUUGUUUUUAUUCUUUUUUCAAUUUUUAUUUUAAUCCAUAAAUUAAUUCAUUAUUUUAUCCCCUUAUUAACUAAUUAAAAAAACCCCAUGGAACUGAUACAAAUUGGACAUGAAUAUAUUUUUGUUUCAAAAUCAAACUAUGAAUUAUCAUUGAAUUUAGGUGUACAAAGUACAUGUAGACAUAUACGAACAUACAUACAUACACACACACACACCAACAACAUACAUACAUACAUACGCACGCACAACAACACCACCACCAACGAUAAUAAUCUGAUACCAUGGUGAAAUGAAACAGUGAAGUUUUUUUUUUCGUUGUUUUUGUUUAGGUUUAUCCUUAAAUAACUAAGUAACUAAUUGUUUGUUACUAAGAGAAAAGGUAAAAAAAAUACACAUUUGAGUUGUAUAUAUUAUCUAAUGAAAGUUUAUUUUACAUUUUAAAGAAGAAAAAAAAACAGAAUCACAACUGAGAAUAAUUUUCUUUCUUAUUUAUUUAUUUAUUUGUUUAUAGGGUUAUUUUUUAAUUUAUCAAUUAAAUGGUUAUCCAUUUGGAAACAUCUUAGUCAAUUAGUUAGUUACAACGUAGGAUCCGGCACAGAUAUAUGGCAUCGAUUCAAGUUGCCAUAAUUCAUUAGCCCAACAACAUGAACACUGAAUUUAUAGUAGUUAAUUCAAUGGUGGUAAUACAUAAAAGAAAGAUUGCAUAUAAGCAUAUAGUACAGGAAGAAAGAAUUAGUUUGUAGAAAGAAAGAUAUAAAACAAUUUUAAUCUCAUAGUUUAAGGGAGGACGCCAUUGUGAUCGAUUCUGAGUCAUGUCACACACAGUCCCCAACCACUGAUUAUGACAGUCAUACGGACCCCAAUAGGGCUCACACUAAAAGUUAGUGACUUCCUUAAAUGAUGACAUAUUUUGAUUGAGCCACUCCUAACUUUCUUACAACCAUCCUCAAUAUCAGUUAGCAUUGUGCGUCGUGGUAAUCGGAGUUCACGUAUAUAUGACACAUGGCCCAAACAUCUCAGUCGAUGAAGAUUUAAAAUCUCAUCAACUGAAUUACUAUCAUUCCCUAAUACCCUGCGUCUAACCUCACUAUUACUUACGCGGUGAUUCCAUAAGAUGCGAGCAAUACUUCUAAGGCAUAUGUGAUCAAAUAAUAGUAAGUUACGAGUAUCCUCUAUUCUUAAUGCUCAUGUUAUGCAACCGUAAACUAGAACAGAAUGAACUGCUGUGCAUUAUUCUCAUCCUUUAAUUGAUAGACGGAUGUUUUGCCUUCACCAUAUGUGACGUAAAUUGGCAAAAGCCAAGUCUAUUCAGGUAACAUCACAUGAACACACUUCAAACAGAAUUUAACUAUGAGAAUUUCUCUACUAAUGACUAGUAGCUUGUUUUGCCAACGUUGAAGUGUACUGCUUAUUAUUGACACUUGUCGUGUUAUUAUCUACGUAUUUACUAUAAAUCUCUUCUCAUUUGAUUCGUUUGUUGACUUUAUAGUUGUAUUGAAAUGUAAAGACUAAUAUUUUUAUUGGAUUAAUUCCAGUAAAUUAAGUCAAGAAUCAAUUAAUUUAUGAAACAGUGAAGCACAUCUAUUAUGAAAUGAUGAUUAAAAAAUAGUCGCUACCGAAUGUUGACUAAAGUAAAGAGUUGGUAAAAUUGAUAGUUGCUUGAUCACUAGUUGGUGAUCAAUGUCAUAUGUGUUAGGUCCUUUUUAAUGUAGAUCGAAUCCUAUAGACCAAGUUGCAAUGUGUCCACUAGUCUAGGUGACUCGACAUUGCAUGCACUAUAGUAAGAUAAAAUGGUGGUUGGAAGUAGUCAACAGGUAAGAUAGAUUUCAGUUUAACUAUUAGCGAUUUGACUUUGAAUGAAAAAUCUGAACGACCGAGCUACUGUUUUGCAAGUGAAUCAAACAUAAUGUUUUAAGUCAUAUAUUAUAGAUUCUUACUUAAUUACUUACGCCUGUUACUCCCAAUCGAACAUAGGCUGCCGAUCAGAUCUGACUUUUUUAUCUUGAUGAGGUAUCCUUCCUUACGAUCCUUCUUUACAGUCUGUCUGUUGCAUUUGUUCUUCCUCCCAAAUCUUCCUGAAUAGAACGCAGAGCACCUUUUCAGUUGCCUCUAUGUAUGACUUCGGCUGGUUUAUUGCCAGGUGCUACUGCUUACCCACUCUUGAUAUGUCUGAUGACCAUCCUGAUUUUUUUAUCAUUGAUGGAGUGAGAUCUAUAGUAUGGUCUGUGUGUAUUGCUUCGAUUUCCGGUGGAUUCAAUGAAGCAUUCAUAUUCAGUAGUUCCUCAAAUUGUUCUACCCAUCUUUUCCUGUGUUCUUGAAUCUCAUUAAUCGGCUUCCCUUCUUUGUUCUUGGCCGGUCUCUCUGGUUUACUCUACCAGUUUCUUCAUUACAUCAUAUAGUUGUCUGAUAUUUCACCAUGUUGAAGCUUUUUCCACUGUCGUUGCUAGCUGUUUCACGUAUUUCUACUUGUCAACUCUAAUGCUCUUCGUCACUUGAAUGUUCGCUUCUAUGUAUUCACCUUGUGUCUCGAGUUUCUCUGUUCUUGUUCGGUUGUUGUUAACUGCUAUCUUCUUGUUCUUUCUUUCUUGAAUCUUAUCCAGGGUUCCCAAAGAGAUUCGUUACUUCUGUUGAUGCUUUUUGAGUUCAAGAACCUCCUGACAUGUUGAAGUUAAUGCUUCUUCGAUCCCUUUCCAGUUGUCCUUCGUAGUGGUUUCAUCUUCUUCCAAUAGAUCCUGUAAGGCUUGGAACCUGUUGUUGAGAGCUAUCUUUAAUUCGUUGAGUUUGUCAAUAUCUCGAAGGAAGGCUUUAUUGAGCCUUCGUAAUGCCGUUUCCCAGUUGUUCAGUGCUUCUUUAGCUUCAACUUCAUCUUGGCAACCACCAGGUGGUGAUUCGAAGCGAUGUCAGCUCUCUCUCUCUCUGAAGUUUUUAUUGAUGCAAAUAUGAUCUAUCUGGUUCGCCAUACUGUGGUCCGAUGAGACCCAUGUAGAUUUAUGUAUGCGUUCGUGUGGAGAUAUUAUGCGACCUAUAAUCAUUUUGUUGAAUGCACAUAGAUUUGCAAAUCUGUCAAUAUUCUCGUUCCUUUCUCCCAGUCAGUCCAUCUCUUCCCAUGAUGUCUUCAUACCCGGUGUUGUGAAUUCCGACUUUGGCGUUUAGGUCUCCCAUCAGGAUGGUCAAGUCCUUUCCUGAACACUUCGCUCUGAUCGACUGAAACCUCUCACAAAAUUGAUCUUUACCGUCGUCGUUGCAUUCACUGGUGGGUGCAUAACAUUGGAUGAUAUUCAUUGUGAUUCCCUCCUUCUUUUUUUAAAUGAUCAUCGGUCCACGAGAUUCCUAUCCAAUAACUGCUUUACGUGGCUCUUUGGACAGCAUCAGAGCAACUCCCUGAGUGCGCAGGACACUUUCUUCUCAGUGACCUGAGUACAGCAGCAUUUCUCCCCAAUCUAUCUUCUGUCCAGAUUGAGUUCAAUGGAUUUCACUUAUUCCGAGCACCACCAAGUUGUCUCUCCUCAUUUCCGUAGCUAUUUGGUUGUUCCUCCCAGUCUACAACAUGGUCCGGAAAUUCCAUGAAGUUAUAUUAACUGUUGCUCUAGUUGUCAAAAGCAGUAUCAGUCUCAUGACUUCCGGAGAAUCUCGGCUUUCAACAAGAGGCGUGAUAAAUUUUCCUUCUACUCUGAGGGCAGGGUUUAAGUGGUUCAAUUUGUUUAUUCUGAUUGGUGUUGCCUUUAGAAAGAUUGUUUUCUAUGAGAUGGGUUUGCCGACCCGAUGCCCAACCCUUCCCUUAUAUGUAGGCUUGAAACGGGAAGUAGCCCCAGGAGAGCUUUAGGCGGAGUACGUGUUGAGUUGAAUUAAUACAUAUAAGUGGAUAGUCUAUGAUAAAAAGUGUAAGAUAUGGGGAUAAUGUGUAUCGUCAUCAGUUAUUAUCAGUCUUUAUCAAUACAGUAAGAAAGAAU